CUGAUACAGGCACAGAAUAUCUCGUUCCUUGUCUCUUCAGUGCUCCUUUUACCAUUAGGAAAGGAAAUGUCUCUAAUAAGAAUGUUCCAGAACCAUAAUAAAUUUCAGUGGAAGCUGAAAAGAAGCUGCAGUUGAACAGGCAAGGAUCUAGGAGCUGCAAGGAAAGAGAAUGCAAAAGCCAGGAAGAAGAGUUGAAUGAGGAGGCAGGUUGGAGAGGAGUGAAGAUUUCUGUUCUUGUGCAGUUCUCGCUCUGUUGUAGAAGGCUGCAGUUGACUGAGGCUCCUCAGCUGGGAGGACAAGGGCUGGGAAAGAGGAGAAAGAAGCAGAUGGACAAGGAGUAUUGAGAAUCUGCCAUUUGAAUUACAGAGAAACUUCCAGCUCAUGCGAGAUCUGGAUCAGAGGACAGAAGACCUCAAGUCAGAGAUCGAUAAGUUGGCCACGGAGUACAUCAGCAAUGCACGGACUUUGUCUUCUGAGGAAAAACUGGGGCUUCUCAAGCAAAUCCAGGAAGCCUAUGGAAAGUGCAAGGAAUUUGGGGACGACAAGGUUCAGCUGGCUAUGCAGACCUACGAGAUGGUCGAUAAGCACAUCCGGCGGCUGGACACAGACCUCGCUCGCUUUGAAGCAGACCUGAAGGAGAAGCAGAUAGAGUCGAGUGACUAUGACAGUUCUUCCAGCAAGGGCAAGAAGAAGGGCCGAGCCCAGAAAGAGAAAAAAGCUGCCCGCGCUCGCUCUAAAGGGAAAAACUCUGAUGAGGAAGCACCAAAAACUGCCCAAAAGAAAUUGAAGCUCGUCCGCACUAGCACAGAGUAUGGGAUGCCUUCAGUCACCUUUGGAAAUGUGCACCCCUCGGAUGUACUGGAUAUGCCCGUGGACCCCAAUGAGCCCACUUACUGCCUCUGCCACCAGGUCUCCUAUGGGGAGAUGAUUGGCUGUGACAACCCUGAUUGUUCCAUUGAAUGGUUUCAUUUUGCCUGUGUGGGUCUGACAACAAAACCAAGAGGAAAAUGGUUCUGCCCUCGCUGUUCCCAGGAGAGGAAGAAGAAGUAAAUUCACAUGAGACCUCAGUACUGCUGCAGGAGCUCUCUUCCCCCUGCCAGGGCCUCGUCCCAGUUCCCCCAGCCCUUGGGGCCUUGGCUGAAGGGAAGUCUUGCCCUGUUUGUGGUUUGGGCCAUCCCUGGAAUGGUGUGUACCCUCACGGUGGUUCCUAUGUGUUCUGUAUCCCUGGUUGCUUCUGAGUCCUUAAGGGAGGCCCUCUCUGUGUGCUAUUCCAAACAGGUCUCUGAACCUCAAAGGGAAUGAAUGAGGGCACCAGGGUAGCCACCAGAUUCCCAGGGAUUCAGGUAGCCCCUGAUUUUCCUUGGCUUUCCUUCAGCCUCCUCAGAGUUCAUUGCCUAUUCUCUGCUUAGAGAACAAGGCUAUGGGAUGGGGGAAGGAAAGGAGGUAAGUCUUCAGCAUUUUAGGUCAUUCAUUUUCCUGGAUCUUUUUCAGGAGAGAGGGAGUAACCAGGCUACUUCUUAAUCUAGUGGGCUGGUUGAGAGACUGAAAACCUGAUGUGCUCCCUGUCUUUAACCAUUCCACUGCUGGCAUUGAGCAGCCUCUGUUGUUGGGGAGAGGAGGAGGCAGAGGGAGUGUUUAGAGCUAGCUUUGUCUCUCUUAUUCCUGGGGUAAACCUGCUGGUCUGGGAAGCACUCUGUGUGAAGGAGGAAGAAUUUCUGACCACGUGGGGAGAAACAGCUUGGUCCAGUCUGUCUUCCGGCUUCAAAAUUCUGCCUUCCUCUUGUGUAGUGGUGCUUCUCCAUUAUGUUGAUGGUGGGAAGUUUGGGGAUUCAGAUCCCACUUGUAUAAUACAGAAUUAAAUAAAAUUCAUUGAAACCAAUACUCUGUUUGCCUUGAUGUCACCUCCAAAAUAA